AUGGGAGUAAAGGAAACCCUGAGUCAGCAUCUGGAGUACCUCAGGCUCUGUGGAGAUGACAAAGCAGCUGAAGAUCAAAUCCUUGAAAGUCUGAAUGGGAUUCUCCUGGCUCUUACUGAAGAUAAGCAGAGAUCCUUGAGCCUACUCAGAGAGAGUGGGAUCUUCCUAACUUUGGCAAAAAUCCUGAAGGGUAAUCCACGAUGUGCAGUGAAAGCAGCCCAGGUGCUUUCAGAGAUAGCCAAGAAUGAGGAAAUGAAGAAACCAUGUAUUGAAGCAGAUUUGGUUCUAACUUUGAUACCUUUUCUGGAGAGCACAGACCAAGAAAUGUUGCUUCAUGCUGGGAGGGCUAUUGGCCGUAUCUGUUAUGAUAAUCGGGAUCUUCAGGAAGAGCUCGUGAAAGUAGGAGUAAUCACAUCACUAGUCCGAAUAUUAACCGAUUAUGCAGAGAGUGAACCACUUGUCCAUGUUGAUCUAUUGGCCUUAUGCAAUCUCGCAGACCUUGAUACAGCCAAGGAAGCUCUAAGCAAGACAAAGAUUGCUGAACAGCUUGUGAAACAACUGAGAAGAGCAGAGAACCAUGAGAGGUUAGAAAUUGUCUUUGAGGUCCUGCAAGCACUUGCAGAAAAUGAUGCUCUGAAAGUGCAGUUGGUGGAGGCAGGCGUGCAAGAGGUGCUGUCUGAGAUCCUGCUGCGGCUCCAGGGUAGUUCACAAGCUGAAGAUACAUGCAUUGUGAAGGCUGCAUCAGAUCUCAUUGUCUCUCUGCUUCUUGGAGUCUCCCAGAAUGUCGGUACUUGCAUCACAGCUGCAGCAACAGCUAUUGCUAAUUUUACAAGGAAUGACGGCAACUGCAUACGAAUGGUACAGCUGGGAGUCAUACAUCAGCUUCUAGAUCUUUUGGAGAAACAUGUAGAGAGUGGGGACAUCUCUGUUCAACAUGCUGCACUCAGUGCACUUCGAAACCUUGCUAUACCAGUUGUUAACAAGGUUCAAAUGCUGGAGGAAGGCGUGGCAGAGCGGAUUCAGGCACUUCUAAGGUCAGAGAUGCCUCCCAUGCAGUUCAAACUUCUGGGAACACUACGGAUGUUAGCAGAUGGUCAAGCUGAUGCAGCUGAAAUCUUGGGCCAAGACCCCACGCUGUUGAACAGACUUGUGCAGUGGUGCAACGCCAACGACCACACCGGCGUUUGUGGAGAAGCAAAUCGGCUGCUAGCAUCGAUCUUGCGUCACAACAGAUCCCAAGAAGUGAUCAAAGCCAUCCAGGAGGCACAAGGAGUGAAGCAUCUGGUUUCCAUGACAACAAGCGAACAUGCUGCCAUGCAGAAUGAGGCUCUGAAUGCCUUGGCAAUAGCAUCCACAAUCGAUUUAGAAACCCUUGAGGAAUCUUUCAAGGAAUCGCAGCUAGUUCAAAGCUUACACAGACUUCUACAAGAUGAUAAUACAAGUCCUGAGGUGAAAUAUAAUUCAAUGGGUCUUCUGUGCAGUCUUCUUAAUUCAGGUGAUCUGAGACAAGAAAUAGAAGAGGACAAGAUUAAAGAAACCCUCGAACAACUCUGCAGUCAUAGCAAUGCAAAUGUGGUCAAGGAAGCUGUCACAACAUUACAGAUCUUGAGAGGAGAGACACCCCAGUAGCCUCCCUUCUUCCCCAUAGCAACCCUGCAUUGUUGCUGAGGCAAAUGCAAUAAAAUGCCAGCUUUGCCA